AUGUGCGGUGAGAGAGUGAAGGAGGCGCGGUGGGGCCGGGCAGAGGCGCUCGGGGGUCUCGGGCGGGCCUGCUCCGCCAAGGGGGACCUGUCGGCAGGCAGAGAGGCUGAUGGCCUGAGUGGCGCGUGGGUGGGAGCCAGGGAGCCCGACAACAGCAGGGCCCACAUUCACCCCUGGGAAUGCUGGACCGAUGGGAGGAAGGGCCCGGAGGAGCCGCAGGACGAACUGAGACAAGUCAGUGAGGCUGGCAGUGACAAAGAGCCAGCUGGCAAAGAGGCGGGAGAGUUGGGCUCCACAGCUGAGGGCCGUGCCCCACAAGUGGAUGCCCACGCCAGAGCGGCUUUCCCUGCUCCGCAGCUGAUGCCUGCAGGCCCAAUCAAUGCCAUGAGUAACUGUUCUGGAGAGUGUGAUGUCUGUGAUGAGGCAGUGUUUGAGCUGUGCUAUUGUGCCAAUAGAAAACCUACACAAAAUUGCUUUUGUUCAUACUUUUGGUUACAAAAUUGUGAAUUAAUCAAUGAAUUAUGUGUUUGUUUAAAUUCUGUAUCAAUCUUAACAGGCAUUUUUGCUUACCUCAACUACCAUGUGCCCCGGACAAGACGGGAAAUCUUGGAGACCCUUAUUAAGGGUCUCCAGAGACUAGAAUACAGAGGAUAUGAUUCUGCUGGAGUUGGAAUUGAUGGAGGCAAUGAUAAAGAUUGGGAGGCAAAUGCCUGCAAAAUUGUACUCAUCAAGAAGAAGGGGAAAGUGAAGGCUUUGGACGAAGAAGUGAACAAACAAGAAGAUAUAGACCUGGACAUUGAGUUUGAUGUACAUCUUGGAAUUGCCCACACUCGGUGGGCCACCCAUGGGGAACCCAACCCAGUGAACAGCCAUCCACAGCGCUCAGAUAAAAACAAUGAAUUUAUUGUUAUUCACAAUGGCAUUAUCACAAACUACAAAGACCUGAAAAAAUUCUUGGAAAGCAAAGGAUAUGAAUUUGAGUCUGAAACUGAUACAGAAACAAUUGCUAAACUUGUCAAGUACAUGUAUGACAACCGCGAGAGUGAUGAUAUCAGUUUCACCACUUUGGUAGAGAGAGUCAUCCAACAGCUGGAAGGCGCAUUUGCUCUUGUAUUCAAAAGUGUUCAUUAUUCUGGUCAAGCAGUUGGCACCAGAAGGGGAAGCCCCUUGCUCAUUGGAGUGCGAAGCGAGCACAAGCUUUCUACUGACCACAUUCCAGUACUGUACAGAACAGGUAAGGACAAGAAAGGAAGUUGCAGCCUCUCCCGUGUGGACAGCACCACCUGCCUUUUCCCUGUUGAAGAGAAAGCCGUGGAGUACUACUUCGCAUCUGAUGCCAGUGCAGUUAUUGAACACACCAACAGAGUGAUUUUCCUAGAAGAUGACGAUGUGGCAGCUGUCGUUGACGGCCGCCUCUCCAUCCAUCGAAUCAAGCGCACAGCUGGUGAUCAUUCUGGCCGUGCCGUUCAGACCCUGCAGAUGGAACUCCAGCAGAUCAUGAAGGGUAACUUCAGUUCAUUUAUGCAGAAGGAAAUUUUUGAGCAGCCAGAAUCUGUUUUUAACACCAUGAGAGGAAGGGUCAACUUUGAUGACUACACUGUCAAUCUUGGGGGUUUGAAAGAUCACAUUAAGGAGAUCCAGAGGUGUCGACGUCUGAUCCUUAUUGCUUGUGGGACAAGUUACCAUGCUGGAGUUGCAACACGUCAAGUGCUGGAAGAAUUGACUGAAUUGCCUGUCAUGGUGGAACUAGCUAGUGACUUCUUGGACAGAAACACUCCAGUCUUUAGAGAUGAUGUCUGCUUUUUCAUCAGCCAGUCAGGUGAGACAGCGGACACCUUGAUGGCCCUCCGGUACUGUAAGGAAAGAGGAGCUCUCACUGUUGGAAUCACAAAUACUGUUGGUAGCUCCAUAUCCCGGGAGACAGACUGUGGGGUGCACAUCAAUGCUGGACCAGAGAUUGGUGUUGCCAGCACAAAGGCCUACACGAGCCAGUUUGUUUCACUAGUGAUGUUCGCUCUCAUGAUGUGCGACGAUAGAAUUUCUGUGCAAGAGAGACGGAAAGAAAUAAUGCGAGGCCUCAAGUUAUUGCCAGACUUGAUUAAAGAAGUGCUGAGCAUGGAUGAUGAGAUCCAGAAACUGGCCACAGAGCUUUACCACCAGAAGUCUGUCCUCAUUAUGGGUCGUGGCUAUCACUAUGCAACAUGCCUAGAAGGUGCUCUGAAAAUCAAAGAGAUCACAUAUAUGCAUUCAGAAGGUAUUCUGGCUGGCGAGCUAAAGCAUGGACCUCUUGCGCUGGUUGACAAGCUGAUGCCGGUGAUCAUGAUCAUCAUGAGGGACAACACAUAUGCCAAGUGCCAGAACGCUUUGCAGCAAGUUAUGGCUCGGCAGGGACGACCUGUGGUGAUUUGUGACAAGGAAGAUAUUGAGACCAUCAAAAACAAUAAGCGAACAAUCAAAGUCCCUCACACUGUGGACUGUCUUCAGGGGAUCCUGAGUGUUAUCCCUUUACAGCUUCUGGCAUUCCACCUUGCAGUCCUCAGGGGCUAUGAUGUUGACUUUCCAAGAAAUCUGGCAAAAUCGGUUACAGUUGAGUAGAAUAUCUUUCACUCAUUAAGGAUUUUGGCAGAGGUCAGCAA